UGUUAUUAUCAUUUUAUAAUGUUCACAACGUCCUAACUUAGCUCUAUUUAAAAAUUUGAAUUCUUGUAAUGUAUAUUAUUUUGUUUAGAUGCUGUUUAAAUGUGAAAAUUCAGACUUUACUGAAUAGUGUAGAAAUUGUUUCAAUUGUGACGCACUAAUAUUCUUUUCACGAUGGACACUCUAUCAGAGAUCAAACGAAAAAUGGACACCGGGAACACAAUACUAGUUGCCGCUGCCACGGACAGUUUGGUCAAUAUUAUUAAAUGUAAAAUCAAAGGAACCCGUACAGAUAUGACAAAUAUACCUGAAAUGUUACUCCUCCAAGAAUAUUGUUGUCAUCAAAAUCCAAUAAUUUGUACUACCAAUUUUAAAGCUUUAUGUACAUUCAUGAUAUCUAAUAAUUAUCAAAAUCAAUUAUUGAUUGAUUGGCUGGUUCUUCUAAGACCCCAAACUAAGUGUAAAACAGGAUUUAUACAGGAAAUAUUUGAGUUAAUUGUUUUUUUAUUGAAUAAUGAUGAAAAUAUUAAUAAUGAAUGUACCAAUACACUGAUUGAUCUCAUUAUAAAAAUAAUGGAUGAAGAUCUUGAUGAUUGGCGUAUAGUUUUAUUUCACAUGCAAAUCAGUACAAAUUUUGAUAAUCACAAGUUUAUUACAAAUUGGUUGAAAGUCACUAAACGUUUGUUUAAAUUUAUUUUUUUAUCACCAACUUCAUCCAAUUAUCGUGCUUCAUUUGUGAAAUUAUUUAUUGAAAUAAUCUGCUUUGUCUCUGAUUAUGAUUCGCUAUUUGAAGUUCAUUCUUGGCUACAGGUUGAUAACUUGGAUGACACUAUAAUUCAAUACAAUAUUCUUGAAGAAUUUUGUGACAAGAUUCCUGAUACAUUACAUGAAAUAAAAUAUAAUUUAUGUUUAUGUUUAGUUCAAACAGCUACUCAACUUAUAUCAUAUGGUUUUGAUCCAACUCAUAUGUUACUGCGCUUAAACAGUCUUUUGAAAACCUGUCCAUGUGCUUCUGAUAUUUCAUUGCUAUGUAUUUCUUCAUCUUUGAGUCAAAGUCCUUCAAAAUUUGUACUAAAAAUGAUGAACUUUUGCUUGAAAGUUAUUAAAAACUUUGGGUGUCAUAAAAUAGUUGCUCAGACUGUUAUAGCAAGUAUUUUACAGUGGAAUCGUGCAAAAGUUAUUGAUUGUGAUACAAUGAAUUUGUUUUUAUCAACUGUUAAUUCUGAUUUAACGGUAUCUAGAUCAUGUACACAAAAUCAUAAGUUAUCAUUAUAUUUAACGACUGAUUCAAGUUUAAUAAUACCUUACUUAUUGAUAAAGUUAUCUUCAGAAUUUUACAGUAAGCAGUUUUUCUCUAAAUGGUUGUCUGAAAUUAAUUCAUCUAGUGAGUUAAUAAAUGAUACUACUUUUGGUUUCUAUUUGGCUGGUCUUUACUUAAGUAAAAUUGGUGACCACUCUCAACAACAAGCAAUAUUAAAAUUGUUAAAUAAAAAAAUAUUAUUACCACUUAUAGCUUAUGCUGUAGAUCUUGAAACAAGUCAUUAUAACAGAUUUGAUUUAAUAAAAGCAAUUCCAACAACAGCUUGCACACAGGAAAACAUAUCAUUGAUUAUAAGUUUGAUAAAGCGUUUUGAAAAUAGCAAUGAGGAAGUACUAAAUAUACUAAGUAUCGAUAUGUUUUAUGAUUUAUGGAUAACUGAAGUUAGAUGUUAUAGAUUUUUAUUAUACUGUCUAUCUAAAGAUAAAUCAGGAUUGCAAUGGAAUAUUGUGAAAGCAUACACUAUUAAAAAAUUAGUUGAAUCAAAUCCAAAUUCAGACUUGGUUGCUGUUUUGAAACAAAUGCUUGAAUUAUAUAUUAAACAAUCUAUGUACUUGCCAAUGAAAUUGGCUUUGGAAUCUUUAGUUGAUCUGUGUAUCACUAAAUAUAUGAACCCAGAAGCCCUUCUAAAAAUUAUUGAUAAAAACAUUGUUAAUAUUCAUCAUCCCUCUGUUAUAUCCAGUUAUUGCAAUUUGCUAGCUGUGUGUGCCAAUCAAUCUACAGAUAGUAGAAAACGUAUUGAAUUUUUUCAGAAUCUCUGGUCUAUGGUAGUACACCCAAAUGAUAAUACUGUUAAAUGUGCUCUAAAGUCUUUGUGUUUAUUAGAUUUAGAAUGCAUACCUCUAAAUGUUUUACCAGAAAAAUUUCAAAGUUUUCCAAAAAUUGUUACUCAAUUAGAAGAUUUAGAAAAAAUUGAAUUAUUUAAUGGCCCUAUACCAGGUGAAUGUUGGGUUAAGUUCCUUCAAAGUAUUAAUAAAAUGUAUAUGAAUGAAGCUCAAUUAAUGUUAUCGGUUUGGCUGAGACGAGAAUUGGAAAAAAAUGUUAUAACUAGAGUUCAAUCUGACCAUGAACCAAAGAAUUUAAGACAUCUUUCUAAUCAUAGCAUUGCUCGAGGAUUAAUAUCGUUUAUAGCUCCAAAACGUAAAAAGAUGUCAGAAGCAGACGAAGAUACCAAAGUGACUUGCUUAGCUAUUAUAAAUGGUGCUGAUAAACCAAUGUAUCCUCUCGACUGGUCUUUUUUAGAGAAGUAUUUGAGAGAAGGGUCUGAAAGCAAACUUUGGAAAGAAUCUGUUGUUUUAAUUGCUAAACAAGCAACAAGAUCUACUUCUGCUUUUCGACUUUUAUACUUAUGUUAUAAACAUUACUCACACUUAGAUGAAGUUCAUAUAAAGUUGCUCUUAACAACUCUUUAUAAAGUUUCCAAUAUUAUAUAUCAUGAUUUACAAAAGCAAUUUGUGACAGAUAUUGUAAAUGAAGUUUUGAACAACAUUGUAAAUGAAUCAAACUUAAGCAACAAUAAAGGUGUUGAUUUACUAUGUCAUAUUUUAUUGGAAUGUAAACAUAUAUUACUAAGUCCAGAAACUCAUUUGACAAACGUGAACUUUAUAUGUGAUAUUUUGGAAAAUAUUUGGUGUACAAUAUAUUUAAAUAAUAAGAAAAUACUUUAUGCAUUUCUUGAUUGUUGUUUAGUAAUGCCAACAGAUGUGUUAAAUAAUUUAAGACCAUAUCCAAUUCAAGAAUCAAUGCUCUCAAAAUUUAUUAUUCUUUGUUGUGCACAGAAUUUUAUUUUUAGUAAUGUUUCUUUUGAUGGAUUAAUUAAAUGUAUUCAAGCUUGUAAUCAGUUUGCCAAAGAAAAUGACUAUUUGUAUGCCAUAAUUAUUGACGUUUUUAAACUUGAGGUUUUAGUUCCUUAUCAUCACGAUUUUAUUGGUAAUUUCAUGAUUUAUCUAGCAGGAUUUUCGAAAAAAGAAAAAAAUAAUUUAUUUGGUGUCUUAUGCUCAAUUUUUGUAAAUCUCAUUUUAACAUUAUCAGGUUAUGACUGUAUUAGUUCUAUCGUUGAUAAAAAAUGUGACCAUUCAGUUUUUCCCCUUGCUUUAGCAACAUUUGCCAAACAUUCGUCUCAGUCUUCUAAGAUUGUGGAAUGGCUGAAAACUAUGAGGACUAUCCAAUAUUUACCUGAAGAAUAUUCUAGACUAUUUUACUGCUGUCUAGUGGCAUUUAAAAGUGAUAAAUGUUUAUUAAAAUGGUCAAGCAGAAAACAAAUUUUAUUAUAUUGAUUGUCAUAUUAAAGUAAUCUUUUGCACCCUGUCCAGACUAGCGGCUUGCUUUUGUCCAACGCUGUUGGCAAAGUUAUCGAUGGCUACUACAUCAUAUCCAGC